GAUGCUUUCCUGUUAACUAGACUGACCCAUAUCACAUCCCAAUUAACUACGCUCGUAUCACAUCAGUACGAAUAAAGCAAAUCAAAAUGCAAUGCAUUUUAGAAAAGUACAAACCCCCUAUUUUAGCUGCCUUCGGCAACCCGUUGCUUGACAUGUGUACUGACAUCACGAACACUGAUAUUCUGCACAAAUAUGGGCUGGUACCAAAUGGCCAAAUGGAAGUUGCAGAUGGAGAUUUGAAAAUCUUCAGAGAUAUACGUAACAGUUUCAGUGUUGAAUACCAUCCUGGAGGUGCAGCGCAGAAUACGCUUAGAAUGUUCCAAUGGGUGGUCAAUUGUCCACUCUAUUCAGUUUUUUUUGGAGGGAUUGGAAAUGAUGAUGAAGGAAAACUACUUGAGAAACUGGUGAAAAAUUCAGGCAUUGAGACAAGAUAUAAGUAUCACAAUGACUAUCCAACGGGAAGUUGUCUGGCUCUCAUCAGUGGUGAAAACAGGUCAUUGGUUUGCCACUUGGGAGCAGCCAAUAUCUAUGAACCUUCAGAUCUAUUGCAGCACAUGCAAAUACUGGAGCAAGUAAAUAUAAUAUAUAUUGAGAGUUUUUUCAUUAGUCACAGCUAUGAAGUAGCACUUUUAUUAUUGAAAUUAUGCCAAGACAAGAAAAUUGCCUUGGUUUUCAAUAUUAAUGCUGUAUAUAUGUGCAAUGAUUUUCCCAAUAAAGUCUCUCAUCUUGCCAAAUGUGCCAAUAUCUUGUUUGGGAAUAAAGAAGAAUUUAAGGCACUAGGCAAAGUAAUGAAUUUAGAAUAUGAAAGUACUAAAGAUAUUGCACUGGCCUUACAUAAUAUGAGCAACCAAGGACAUUUUCUUGAAAGUUGUGACCUUGGAAAAUAUCUUAACAAAAUGGGUAAGAUCAUUGUUGUUACAGAUGGCAAAGAUUCAGUGUUAUGUGUAUAUGGCAAUGGUUGCAAUAAGCCAUCAGUUAUAAAAUUUGAUGUGCCAGCUGUUAGACAGGAGUUAAUUAGAGACACAACAGGGGCUGGUGAUUCUUUUUUAUCAGGGUUUUUGGCAGGAGUGUUUGCAAAGCAUAACAUGGAAACAUGUAUCGCAUGGGGCUGUUGGACAGCACAGCAAGUAAUUCAACUUAUUGGUUGUCAAGUUCCUCCCUACCCUUCAGAUGAGAUUCACAAAAUCAGAUAUUGAUCAUUAAACACAUCCAUGUGUUGUUAUUUUAAAUUUAUAGUUUCACUCAAAUUGCCAAUUGGAUUGAAAUAGACUAUGUUUGAAACAAAUGUCAGUGUCACAUAUUCCAGUAAAUUUAAUCUUCCAUGAAUUGUUUUGUGAUGUGUAUGAAAUAAAACUUUAUAGCAGUUAAGAAAUUCAACAGUAUAAAAAUAUCCAUGAAAAUUUGUGCUUGGAUUUAAACUCAUACAUAAUAUGUAACACAUGGCUUUCAGGCUUUAAUUGUGUUCCUUGAUCAACUAUAUUCAGUAUUUUGGUGAAAACUGCAGUUGUCAUCAACAUUUGAAGAAUUGAAUGCAGUUCAACAAGUGAUGCAGCUCUAACCCAGAAAUUAGUAUCAUGUAACAUACACUGCUUGGAAAAGUCCAAGGUCAGAAUUGAACUUAUACAAUUUGGAAACA